AUGACUGCUAUCAACGGAAACGGUGUCACCGAGAAGAAUGUCGUACUCAUUACUGGAGCCGGUGGCUGGCUCGGCGGUAUCCUCGCGAACGCACUCCAGUCCGACCCCCGCACUCCUAAUGUGCACCUCAUCCUCGCCGACAUUGUCAAGCCCAAGCUCCCCAACUCCCCCAAGAACGCCCUCUCCAUCACAGCCGACCUCACCACCAAGGAGGGUGUGGACGCUCUGUUCCAGACGGAAUUUGGGGUACCAGACACUGUCUAUUGUUUCCAUGGGAUCAUGAGCAGAGGGUCAGAGGACAACUUCGAGCUGGGCCUCAAGGUAAACAUUGACUCUAUCCGACUGAUGCUCGACUCUGCCCGUCACCACAAGCCUUCGUCCGGCCAGCCCAUCAAAUUCGUCUUUACCUCCUCCCUUGCCGUCUACGGCGGUCCCCUUCCUGCUGUCGUUGACAUCAACACGAUCGCCACGCCCGAGGGCGCGUACGGCAUGGGCAAGCUCUCGUCCGAGCUGCUGGUCAACGAAUACACACGCCGUGGAUUUGUUGACGGGCGAAUUUUGAGACUACCAACUAUCGUGGUCAGGCCUGGCCCGCCUUCGGCUGCGACGAGUGCGUUCAUCUCUGGGAUCAUCAGGGAGCCGCUACAUGGUGUCAAAGCGAUCUGCCCCGUGGGAGAUUCGCUGGAGAGCAAGGAGCUCGAACUGGCGGCGUGGGUUGCGAGCCCCGAGACGACUAUCAAGAACUUUGUGAUUGCCAAGCACAUUCCUGCUGAGAAGUUCUUGCCCCAUACUAGAGUGGCGUAUCUCCCUGGUUUCACGGUGACGGUGCGAGAAGAGCUGGAAGCGCUCGCUCAGGUUGCCGGCAAGCAGGCGCUCGAUCUCGUCACAUUCCAAGACGACCCGAUCAACCGGCGGAUUGUUGGUUCCUGGCCUGCGCGAUUCGACAACGCGUACCCCAGGAGCCUGGGCUUUGUGGUGGACGAGGGGGGCAUGGUGCCGGUGGUGCAGCGGUUCAAGGAGGCGGUGGCUGCGGGCCUCGUGUAG